GGGCCCCGCCGCGCCCGCCGCCGCCCGCUCCCCGCCCCUUCCCCGGCCGGCGUUCCCGUUACGCCGCCGAGCCGGGAGCCGGAGCCGGAGCCCGCGGCCGCAGCGGGAGGCGGCGCGGGGCCCGGCGGCGGCGGGGCCUGCGGGGCCUGCGGGCGCGCGCCGGGCCGGCCAGGGCGGCCAUGGCGACCAGGAAGGCGGGCUCGCGGCUGGAGACGGAGAUCGAGCGCUGCCGCUCCGAGUGCCAAUGGGAGCGGAUCCCCGAGCUCGUCAAGCAGCUGUCGGCCAAGCUCAUCGCCAACGAUGAUAUGGCUGAACUUCUCCUUGGGGAGUCGAAACUGGAACAGCACUUGAAGGAGAAGCCCCUGCGGCAGGGAGCCAGUCCCCGGGGCCCCAGACCCCAGCUGACUGAAGUGCGCAAGCAUCUGACCGCUGCCCUGGACCGAGGGAACCUCAAGUCAGAAUUCCUACAAGAAUCCAAUCUGGUCAUGGCCAAACUGACUUACGUGGAAGGAGAUUAUAAGGAAGCCCUGAACAUCUACGCCCGGGUGGGCCUCGAUGACUUGCCGCUGACAGCCGUGCCUCCCUACAGGUUGCGAAUGAUUGCUGAAGCCUAUGCAACCAAAGGACUUUGUUUAGAGAAACUGCCUGUUUCGUCCUCUACCAGUAAUCUCCAUGUGGACCGGGAGCAGGACGUCAUCACCUGCUAUGAGAAAGCUGGGGACAUUGCACUCUUGUACCUCCAGGAGAUAGAAAGGGUAAUGCUAACUAAUAUUCAGAACAGAAGCCCUAAGCCUGGCCCUGCUCCCCACGAUCAAGAACUAGGUUUUUUCCUAGAAACAGGACUUCAGAGAGCCCAUGUCCUCUAUUUCAAAAAUGGGAUAGAUGUGCAUGAAGACCAACAGAACUUGACGAGAGGAGUCGGGAGAUUUAGGGAGCUUCUCAGAGCCGUGGAGACAAGAACAACACAAAACCUACGCAUGACGAUAGCCAGGCAGUUGGCAGAAAUCUUGUUACGGGGCAUGUGUGAGCAGAGCUACUGGAGCCCUCUGGAGGAGCCUCCCUACCAGUCACCUCUGGAUGACCCUCUCCGGAAAGGAGCAAACACGAAGGCCUACACACUCCCUCGCAGAGCCCGUGUCUACUCAGGAGAGAACAUUUUUUGUCCUCAAGAAAAUACUGAAGAGGCGUUGCUGUUACUGCUCAUUAGUGAAUCUAUGGCCAACAGAGAUGCUGUGCUGAGCAGAAUUCCGGAACACAAGAGUGACCGCCUCAUCAGUCUGCAAAGCGCGUCUGUGGUCUAUGAUCUACUGACCAUUGCCCUUGGAAGACGAGGCCAGUAUGAGAUGCUGUCAGAGUGCUUAGAAAGAGCCAUGAAGUUUGCCUUCGAAGAGUUCCACCUCUGGUACCAGUUUGCUCUGUCGCUGAUGGCUGCUGGGAAGUCCGCCCGUGCUGUGAAGGUGCUGAAGGAAUGCAUCCGGCUAAAGCCGGACGACGCCACCAUCCCGCUCUUGGCAGCCAAGCUCUGUGUGGGUUCCCUCCACUGGUUGGAAGAGGCUGAGAAGUUUGCCAAAACUGUUGUUGAUGUGGGAGAGAAAACAUCAGAAUUCAAGGCCAAAGGCUACCUAGCUCUGGGGCUCACGUAUAGUCUGCAAGCCACUGAUGCUUCUCUGCGAGGGAUGCAGGAGGGCCUGCAGAGGAAGGCACUUCUUGCGUUUCAGAGGGCCCAUAGCCUGUCACCUACAGAUCACCAAGCAGCUUUCUACCUGGCUCUGCAGCUCGCCAUCUCCAGACAGAUACCAGAAGCUCUAGGAUAUGUUCGCCAAGCUCUCCAACUGCAAGGCGACGAUGCGAACUCCCUGCACCUCCUGGCUCUCUUGUUGUCGGCUCAGAAGCAUUACCAUGAUGCUCUCAACAUCAUCGACAUGGCCCUGAGUGAAUACCCAGAAAAUUUUAUACUACUGUUUUCCAAAGUGAAGUUGGAGUCACUCUGCCGGGGCCCGGAUGAGGCGCUGCUCACCUGUAAGCACAUGCUACAGAUAUGGAAAUCCUGCUACAACCUUACCAAUCCCAGUGACUCUGGACGUGGGAGCAGCCUCUUAGACAGAACCAUCGCUGACAGACGACAGCUUAAUACAAUCACUUUGCCAGACUUCAGCGAUCCUGAGACAGUGUCAGACUCCUCCUCCUCCUCUUCUCUGUCAAGAACGGAGUCUCCUCUCCACCUGUUUGUGUCUUCUCCUCUUCAUUCUCAUCCCAAACCUGACAUCUUUGUGUGGCCCCCUGCUGCUCAUUCAUUCAGUGACCCAGGUCCCCGCCAUGAACCUUCAUUCUGCAACUCUCCAGAAGCACACUUUCAUGGUUUUCCCUCCCUCUUUUCAGUUAAGCCGUUGCUGAUCUCAUCAGGACAUGCUGGGAUGGAGGAAGCAGGCUCCGUCCAUGCCACAUCAGUAGCAGCCUCAAGAGUGGAGCAAGCACUGUCAGAAGUGGCCUCAUCUCUGCAAAGCAGUGCUCCCAAGCAGGGUCCACUGCAUCCCUGGAUGACGCUGGCACAGAUCUGGCUCCAUGCAGCUGAGGUCUACAUUGGCAUUGGAAAGCCUGCGGAAGCUACAGCCUGUACCCAAGAAGCUGCCAACCUCUUCCCAAUGUCCCAUAAUGUCCUCUACAUGCGGGGCCAGGUUGCUGAGCUUCGAGGACACUUCGAUGAGGCCCGGCGGUGGUACGAAGAAGCCUUAUCCAUCAGCCCUACUCAUGUGAAGAGCAUGCAGCGACUGGCUCUGGUCCUUCACCAGCUGGGCCGCUACAGUCUAGCUGAGAAGAUUCUCCGGGAUGCAGUGCAGGUGAAUUCGACAGCCCACGAGGUCUGGAACGGGCUGGGCGAGGUCCUCCAAGCUCAGGGUAACGACGCAGCAGCCACCGAGUGCUUCCUGACAGCCUUGGAACUGGAGGCCAGCAGCCCUGCUGUACCCUUCACUGUCAUCCCCCGUGUGCUCUGACUGGCCGCCCGCCUCACCUGCCACACGGGCUCAGAUGCUCUGCGCGGGCUGCCGGGGCCAUCCUGUCACUCAGUGGACGCACCUGCAGAACCAAGGCCCUGGAUGGAUAUGUAACCAGAGUGGAUUAACCUCACCAACCCAGAAUCAUUGCUCUCUGCUCCUGCAUCCAUUCAUUCUUGUUUUUGCCAGAUCCAUGACUGUCCUCUGAAUCUACUGAUGUCCCCAAUGGAUUAUGUGCCAUAUUCAGUUAGUCGACGCCUGAGUUUUAAGUAAAAUGAUUACGGACUUAAUCAGCGAAUGUAGAAGAAGAUAUUCCAGGUUAAAGUUCAGUGGCAGAACAGAUUAUUUUUAUCAGUGCUGUAAUGAAAGCAACUGUCCUGUCCUCUGACCACCCCGACACCUCUCCCGCCCCGCCCUCAGCCCAAAACCAAAUGUGAAUUUUCUGUUUCCCACCUCAGUACUCGUCCAUGCCAGGACACCAGCUGACAACGUCUCGGUCUCAUUGUCACCAGUUGUACCAUGUGGUGAAUUACUGUUCUCUCCUUAGAACAAAGCCCGAGUCUAAGAAUAUUUAUAUUUUACCAAUAUAUGGCUGUUACAAGAGAAGGAAAUAUGAGUUAUUUAAGUUUAACUUUUUUAUGUGAAUUCAGAGUUUAUUUAUCGAUGGAAAUAUGUACAAAGAAGCUUCAAAUGGAAUAUUUACCGACAUUCCUUAUACAUGACAGACACUUGGCUAAACAGGAAGAUGAUGUUAAUAAAAAAAAUGAUUUUUAAAUGGA